AUGAAGUAUAUACCCGAAAUCACACUACUACUCUUGCUUCUUCUAUUCGUACACUCUUCACAGGCUAAAGGAAAACGGCGGAAAUGUCCGGAGGGUGCGUGGUCGGAGGGAAAAAUCAUGAACACGAUCAUGAGCAAUUAUACGAAAAUGUUGCCGGACGCUGAGGACAGUGUGCAAGUCAAUAUCGAGAUUCACGUGCAGGAUAUGGGAAGUUUGAAUGAGAUCUCAUCGGACUUUGAGAUAGACAUCCUGUUCACUCAACUGUGGCAUGACUCGGCACUCUCGUUUGCUCAUCUUCCGGCUUGUAAGCGAAACAUCACAAUGGAGACGCGUCUACUCCCCAAAAUCUGGUCGCCCAACACCUGUAUGAUCAACUCGAAGAAAACUACCGUACACGCUUCGCCAUCGGAAAAUGUCAUGGUUAUACUAUAUGAGAACGGCACAGUAUGGAUCAACCAUCGCCUCAGUGUCAAAUCACCCUGCAACCUCGACCUCCGACAAUUCCCCUUUGACGUGCAAACCUGUAUCCUCAUCUUCGAGUCCUACAGCCACAACUCGGAGGAAGUCGAAUUACACUGGAUGGAGGAAGCAGUGACACUAAUGAAGCCUAUCCAGCUCCCUGACUUUGAUAUGGUGCAUUACUCCACCAAAAAAGAAACGUUGCUUUAUCCAAAUGGGUAUUGGGAUCAGUUACAAGUGACGUUCACUUUCAAGAGGCGCUACGGGUUUUAUAUAAUUCAAGCUUACGUUCCCACGUAUCUCACUAUUAUUGUGUCAUGGGUUUCUUUUUGUAUGGAACCGAAAGCUCUACCGGCAAGGACCACUGUAGGGAUCUCUUCACUGCUGGCACUGACUUUCCAGUUUGGAAAUAUUUUGAAGAAUCUUCCAAGGGUGUCUUACGUUAAAGCUAUGGACGUGUGGAUGUUGGGAUGUAUCUCAUUUGUGUUCGGGACAAUGGUCGAGCUCGCAUUUGUUUGUUAUAUCUCUCGUUGUCAGAACAGUGUGAGAAACGCCGAACGCCGACGGGAACGAAUGAGAAAUUCUCAGGUGUGGGCGAACGGCUCGUGUCGACAACGAAGCAACGGGUAUGCGAACGGGGGAUCCAUCAUUUCACACUAUCAUCCGACAAGUAAUGGAAAUGGAAAUAAUAAUCGACAGGAUACACCGUUGGUUACGGGGAGAGGAUCCCUACAUCGAAACGGUCCGCCAUCCCCACUAAACCUUCAGAUGACAACUUUCGAUUCGGAAAUCCCACUCACUUUCGAUCAGCUGCCAGUUUCCAUGGAAUCCGAUAGACCCCUGAUUGACGAGAUGAGGUCCGGGUCGCCACCGCCACCUUCUGGAUGCCUCGCCAGAUUCCAUCCAGAAGCCGUCGACAAAUUCUCAAUUGUAGCAUUCCCUCUGGCUUUUACCAUGUUUAAUCUCGUCUACUGGUGGUACUAUCUCUCUCAGACUUUUGAUCAAAACUAUCAGUGA